UCCCCUUCAACGUGGGCACACGGGUUUAGAUGAUAAAGAAAACCAAAUGGAACUAACAAUUUGUGUUUCAUGUUCAGCAGGCUGUUUGCUGGAGAGCAGAGCUUUUCCAAUAAUACAUUCCUACAAAAUCUUGAGAGGAAGAUUCAGUGGAGCAUAGCUUUAGUGGAGAAUAAGAUUCAGCGGUUUUAUUUUGAAGUAUUUUAAGGAGAGCAAUUCACUGUUUUAGCAAUGGCCACGGAGUUCACCGCACAAGAGCUGAGAGAAUACAAUGGGUCUGAUUCCAGCAAGCCCAUCUAUGUGGCAAUCAAAGGAAGAGUUUUUGAUGUUUCUAGUGGCAGGAGUUUCUAUGGCCCAGGAGGGUCCUAUGCUAUGUUUGCAGGCAAGGAUGCCAGCAGGGCACUGGCCAAGAUGUCUAAGAGCGAAGAAGACAUCUGUGCAUCUCUGGAUGGCUUGACAGAGAAAGAAAUUGGUGUUCUGGAGGACUGGGAGAAGAAGUUUGAGGCUAAGUACCCUGUUGUUGGCCGUGUUGCUUAGACUUUGAUCUUCUUCUUAUUAAUAAGUUGUAAUUGGGUGGUGAGGAUUUUAGUAGCUUAAUGUUUACUGAUGAAUCUUUAAUGCAAGAGUCAUCAUAUUUGUAACUGGGUAGUAGUGAACUUUUCAGCGUUUCAGUGUCUGGGACUGAUGAAUAAGUUAAUAAGUGGAUUUCCGUUGUUAUCCAUUAUAAAUUUAUGUCUAUGAUGAGACACUUGUGUUAAUAUAAAAUUUAAAUGAGUCUUGAUUGAA